AUGACCGACACUACCGAGACCCCCGCAGGGCCUACCACUAUGGAGGUGGUUGACGAAGAAGGCCCCGGUCUCUCGACUUCAUCUACCAAGACCAAAGGCCGCCACCUUGUGCUCUGUGGCGUGCAACGAAUACCCUCCUCACCUUCUCUGUCCAGGACCGGUCGUACGAGAUCGCACAGCAGUCCCCAGCGCGGACGCGUGAAUGUCUCCUGCGUGAGCUUGGCAGGACCUUCGACCUCCGCAACUUCUUUUGGUGGCGAUUCUUACUUCCCUGCCGGAGUGACAGCAUCUGGCUACGCCAGCGCCUCGAGCUCGGUUCCAGGAACACCCUCGAGCGAAACCGUCCAAUUCGUGGGCAUUGACAGCCGUCUGGCUAUCCGACGAGUCGACAAUGUCUUUCCCAUGUCGCAGUCACCAGUGCCUCAGACAGUUGGGCUUCCGUCCGACAUGAGGACGACGAGCAGAAUCCAAAUCGCAAACCCUGAGGUACCCAAGCGUGGCUUCGACUUCUGGGAGAACAUGCCUCACGAGAUGCGUGUGCAAAUAUUCUCCUACCUUACACCCAAGGAGCUUGUACGAGCUUCGCGCGUUAGCAAGAUGUUCUACAAGAUCUGCUUCGACGGGCAGUUGUGGACAUGUUUCGAUGCUACGGAAUUUUACCAGAUCAUUCCUGCCGAGUCGCUUGCCAGAAUCAUCGUUGCUGCCGGGCCUUUCAUUAAAGACCUAAACCUCAGAGGCUGUGUCCAGGUCGAACACUAUAAACGGGCUGAGGUGGUCGUCAAGGCCUGCAAGAACCUGGUCAACGCCACGCUUGAAGGAUGUCGCAAUUUCCAACGCAAUACGCUACACAACCUGCUGAGGAGCAACGACCAGCUCGCCAACCUAAACCUGACUGGGUUGACAGCAGUGACCAACAUGUCCUGCAAGAUCAUCGCCGAGUCGUGCCCGCAGUUGGAGACGUUCAAUGUAUCGUGGUGCGUGCACAUGGACGCACGAGGCAUCAAGGCAGUACUCUUGGGGUGUCCCAGACUGAAGGAUUUGAGGGCCGGAGAGAUUAGGGGCUUCGACAACCUAGAAGUCGCUGAUACGAUCUACGAGAAGAACAACCUCGAAAGGCUAGUUCUGAGUGGCUGCGCCGAGCUCAACGACCGCGCGCUCAAGAUCAUGGUACAUGGAGAAGACCCCGAGAUCGACAUCCUUACCGACCUACCCGUCGGGGUGAAGGCUUUAGGAUACAACGUCCCCGAUCUUGAGGGACUGCGGCUGUCCGGUUGCACCGCGCUCACAGACGCCGCGCUGGAGCCCAUAUUGGCAUCCACCCCACGCCUGACACACCUCGAGAUGGAGGACUUGUCAGGUCUCACCAACAGUCUCCUAUCAGAUCACUUGGCCAAGGCCCCCUGCGCGCGGUGGCUAGAACACCUGUCCAUCAGCUAUUGCGAGAACCUCGGCGACAGCGGCGUGCUCCCGGUCGUCAAAAACUGCGUCAGCCUCCGAACCAUGGAACUCGACAACACCCGCAUCAGCGACCUCGUCCUCGCCGAGGCGGCUUACAUGGUCAACAACCGCUCCCAAAGCACCGCGGCGAAGCCAAAACCGCGGGUCGGCCUGCACAUGGUUGUCUACGACUGCCAAAACGUCACCUGGACCGGCAUCCGCGAGGUCCUCUUCCGCAACGCCCAGACGAAACCCUCCAUGUCCGAGGCUGGCAAGUUUACGUACUCAGCCGAGGCUGUCAGUCUCAAGUGCUUCUACAAGUUCCAGAUGACUGUCGACGAGCAUAUGAAGCGCGUACUCCGGGGCGACCUCGCCGCCGCCAACCGCCUCGAACGCCGGUGGGCAGACUACAUGCAGGCCACCGAGGAGGCAGGGACCGCCGGAGCCGGCUACCGUCGUCGCAGGCGCAGGGCUCGCGAGGCGCAGAUUCUGCAUGCCGACGAGGAGGAGGGUGGUAACGGUGGUCGCCGGCGGGGUCGGACCGUUGGGUCCUGUACCGUCAUGUGA